AUGAAGCCAUUCGCGAAUGGCGAUCUGCUCAAAAGCCCCACGCUGAUCAAGAUCUCCGGCUUAGUUCUCGUCACCGUCGCUUUCUUCUACUUAGGGAAGCACUGGUCCGACGAUGGCUACCAGCAGCUCGUCUUCUUCUCCAGUUCCGCCACCGGGAGCUCGAUCCCGGAGGUUUCCAUCUCUCCGAACAGUAACAAGACCUUCAAUCUAUCCGCAAUCAUUCCAGCAAAUCAUACCGAGAUUGAAAUCCCCGCCACAACACAGCCGCUUCCGUCGGUGGUGACGGAGACGAAGACGGAGAAUGAGAUUAAGAAAGUGGAGGCUAAUCCUCCUCCUCCCUCUCUUCCUCCACCUCCUCCUCCGCCUUCUCCUCCUCCUCCGCCUGGUCCGAUUCAGAGCUUCGGGAUAGUAGAUGCGAACGGCGUCAUGUCUGACGAUUUCGAGGUGGGAGAUGUUGAGACCGACUCCGUGGAAGACUGGGGAAACCAGACGGAGAUCGUCCAAGCGAGAAGUGACGGCGAUUCUAGGCCUAAGUUUAGAAUUAAGAAAUUCGGAAUGUGUCCUGAGAGCAUGAGAGAGUAUAUUCCUUGUUUGGAUAACACUGAUGCGAUUAAGAAGCUCAAAUCGACGGAGAAAGGUGAACGAUUCGAGCGUCAUUGCCCUGAGAAAGGUAAAGGCUUGAAUUGCUUGGUUCCUCCUCCUAAAGGCUACCGGCAGCCGAUUCCAUGGCCUAAAAGCCGUGACGAGGUGUGGUUUAGCAAUGUUCCUCAUACUCGGCUUGUUGAAGAUAAAGGAGGCCAGAACUGGAUCUCACGAGACCCAAAAGACAAGAGCAAGUUCAAGUUUCCUGGAGGCGGUACUCAGUUUAUUCAUGGAGCUGGCGAGUACUUAGACCAGAUCUCCAAGAUGGUUUCUGAGAUCAAGUUUGGCAAGAGUAUUCGGGUUGCUAUGGACGUUGGUUGUGGUGUGGCGAGUUUUGGUGCUUAUCUAUUGUCACGCGAUGUGUUGACAAUGUCUGUUGCACCAAAAGAUGUCCACGAGAACCAAAUUCAGUUUGCUCUUGAGCGUGGUGUGCCUGCUAUGGCGGCAGCGUUUGCUACAAGGCGUUUGUUAUAUCCAAGCCAAGCUUUUGAUCUUAUUCAUUGUUCAAGGUGUAGAAUCAACUGGACUCGUGAUGAUGGAAUUUUGCUCCUUGAGAUCAAUAGAAUGCUGCGGGCUGGAGGAUAUUUUGCUUGGGCUGCACAGCCUGUUUAUAAGCAUGAAACCGCUUUGGAAGAACAAUGGACAGAGAUGCUGAAUCUUACGAAUAGCCUUUGCUGGAAGCUGAUAAGUAAGGAAGGAUACAUUGCAAUCUGGCAGAAGCCUCUCAACAACAACUGUUAUUUAAGUCGAGAGGCUGGAACCAAACCUCCUCUUUGUGAUGAAUCUGAUGACCCGGAUAGUGUUUGGUACACAGACCUGAAACCUUGUAUCAGUCGCAUACCUGAGAAUGGAUCUGGAGGCAAGGUUCCUUCAUGGCCUGCCCGUCUCCACACUCCACCUGAUAGGCUGCAGACGAUACAGUUUGAUUCCUACAUUGCUAGGAACGAGCUAUUCAAGGCAGAGUCGAGAUUCUGGAAUGAAAUCAUUGGGGGCUAUAUCCGUGCCUUGAAAUGGAAAAGGAUGAAACUAAGAAACGUUUUGGAUAUGAGAGCAGGCUUUGGCGGAUUUGCAGCUGCAUUAAAUGAUCAUAAACUCGAUUGCUGGGUUCUCAGUGUGGUUCCUGUCAGCGGCCCAAACACAUUGCCUGUCAUAUAUGACCGAGGACUAUUAGGAGUGAUGCACGAUUGGUGUGAACCAUUUGAUACAUACCCGAGGACAUACGACUUCUUACAUGCCUCAGGACUCUUCUCAGUCGAGAGAAAAAGAUGCGAGAUGUCGACCAUAUUGUUAGAGAUGGACCGUAUAUUGAGACCUGGAGGAAGAGCAUACAUAAGGGAUUCGAUUGAUGUUAUGGAUGAGAUCCAAGAGAUCACAAAGGCAAUGGGUUGGCAUACGUCUCUGCGUGACACAUCAGAGGGUCCUCACGCUAGCUACAGGAUUCUAACAUGCGAGAAGCGUCUCCUUCGAGCUUAA